GCCAUUGAUGUCUCUUGCCCUAGAAUCCUCUGAAUCCACACUCCUCACUCCUUCAUUCAGCCCCCUUUUCUCGCAGCAUGCCAACCCCUCCAUCCUCGGCAUCUUCGACCCGUCUCUUUGUUGGCAAUCUACACCCCUCUGUCAGCGACUACGACCUCGUCCAACUCUUCCAGCCAUACGGCCACCUUACCAAGCUCGACGUCGUCUUUCACCGCAGCGGACCGCUACGGGGCAAGCCAAAAGGAUUUGCAUUCGUAGAAUUCAGCAAGAGGGAGGACUCGCUCAGGGCAAAGGUCGAGCUCGAUGGCAAGCCUUUCAAAGCGGGGAGGACGCUCAGCGUCAAUUUCGCCAACCAGGUCGACGAGGCGACAGGCGGUGGGACUGGAAAAGCCGUGCGACGUCGCCAUGACGACGAUGAAUUGAGACCGACGACAUUGAGUCUGGUCAAGAACGCCAGGCAGGUCAAAGGAGGAGCAGACGCAAAGAUUGCAGCUAUGGAGGCAAAGUUGGCUGCUUUGAGACAGAAGAAGGCGGGAGGUGGGGGCGAAGCAGAAGAGUCGUCGCCGAAAUCGUCAUCCUCAUCGGCGUUGAAGAGGGCACCAGCGAGUGCAGGGCUCCCUGUCAAGCCGCCGCCGUCCUCGUCGUCAUCGACCCCACCGCGAUGAAGGGGGACAAGCGCGUGACGCGACGUGGGGUGGAUGGAGUGGACGGGAAGCGCGACGUUGCAUCGCAUGCUUCCUUUUUCCUCUUCCCGCUCCCAAUCAUCCGCAUCAUCGAUCAACCAUCACUCCUCUAGCCCUCACAAUGGGCAAAGCAGCAAAGCUGUAUAAGCGCCCCACGCUCAAGGAGAGGCAACGCAAGCAACGAUCCUCGGCCGCAGAGUCGAGCGCUCAAGCUGGCAAGAGCAGCGCAGCCGCCGCCGACUUGAAUGAGCUGAAACGUCAGGCAAGGAUCGAGAAGCAGGCAAUCGCGGUGGAAAAGAAUAGGGAGAGGCAGAGAAGAGAAGCCGCAAAGCAGCAGGGAGAGCAGCAGCAGCAGCGCAGAACGGCAACUCAAGAGGUGGAUGGAUCGCCUGAUGACGAGGAUGACGAGGACGAGGGGGAGGAGGAGCAGGGACAGGAGGCAGCCGCGAAACCUAAGCGCACCCGC